AUGCUCUCCGCGUGCCGCCGCAAACCGCUCGCGAUCCCCGUGAGAGCGUUCGCGUCGGACGCGUCGCGCGCCUACCGCGAGCUGCUUCGGGCGCAGCGCCAGCUCUUUGGCGAGGACGCGCGGGCGCGCGCCGCGGCGAUCACAGAGACGCGCGAGCAGUUUGCUCUCAACGCGGACGUGCGGGAGAGCGAGGUCGCCAGCAAGGUGCAGGACGCGAGGGACGCGGCCGCCUUCCUGCGGCAUAACGUGGCGCAGACGGUGCGCGACGACGACUCUGGCAACUUUGUGCUAACGCCGCAGCCGGAGCACAUCUCUCGAAGCCAGACGCCGGAGCCGCUGCCGGACGGCCUCGAGGGCACGCCAAGAUUCGAGGACGUCCCUGCCGCCGCCGACCCGAGGGCCUCGCGAUGA